AUGUCUUCACGGUAUAGUCCUCCUUUCCAAAAGACAAAUAACCAUCUACGCUCAAAGCAAGAUACUGAUAAUCCAAACAGAUUCCCACACCAGCGCGAUCCCCGCUCAUCCAACUCCCUCUUCGACUCAUAUGGUGGUGACUCUCGACCCGCUAGCAGAUCCCCAGCUCCGGUGGGCGGAUAUGGAUACGGAGGCUACACCAGCCCAGCGGGUAAUGGAUAUGGAUAUGGAAACAGUCAUCCGGCAGGGACGACAUUUCGGAGCGGAAAUCCUGAUAAAAGGGGCCACUAUUCCGAUGCAGUCCUCUCAUCACUCGAGUCACAGAAUGACACAGAGGUAGAAGGCAUAACGGCCAAAGUAAAAAUGUUGAAAGAUAUCACCAUGGCCAUCGGCGACGAGAUCCGGGAUACUACACAUAUGAACGACCUCGAGGGCUCAUUCGAGAAUACUCGAGUCCGACUCCGCGGAAACAUGAAACGUAUGCUCCGCAUGGCCGAACGCACUGGUGUCGGCUGGAGGGUAUGGCUUGGAUUCUUCUUCGUCGUCUUCCUUUUAUUCUUCUACGUCUGGUUAUUCUGA